UCUGAUGUCACUCUUCCCAUCUCUCAGGGUCCGCCAGGCUCCCAGCAGUCUCCUCACGCACAGCCCCCCCACGGCAUGGGACCACAUGGACAGCCUUUCAUGUCGCCACGGUUUCCAGGUGGACCCCGCCCCUCUCUCCGAAUGCCAAAUCAGCCUCCCGGGGGAAUCCCUGGUUCUCAGCCUCUCCUGCCAAACAGCAUGGACCCCACCAGACCACAAGGACAUCCUAAUAUGGGCGGGCCAAUGAGAAUGAACGUUCCACGAGGAAUGGGGCCCAUGGGUCCACAGAACUACGGGGGUAUGAGACCCCCUCCUAACUCCAUGGGUGGUCCUAUGCCUGGGAUGAACAUGGGACCUGGUGGUAGAGGGCCGUGGCCUGGUCCCAAUGCGAACUCAAUACAAUACUCCUCCUCAUCUCCCGGCCACUAUGUGGGUCCUCCAGGAGGAGGGGGGCCGCCCGGAACUCCCAUCAUGCCCAGCCCAGGUGACUCCAACAACUCCAGUGAAAACAUCUACACUAUGAUGAACCCUAUAGGACCAGGAGGAAACAGACCCAACUUCCCUAUGGGCCCGGGGCCUGAUGGACCGAUGGGAGCUAUGGGAGCCAUGGAACCUCACCACAUGAAUGGCUCACUAGGCUCUGGGGACAUGGACGGGUUGCCAAAGAACUCUCCUAACAACAUGGGGGGUAUGAGCAACCCUCCCGGGACGCCGCGGGACGAUGGAGAGAUGGGUGGAAACUUCCUCAACCCAUUCCAAAGUGAAAGUGCUUCUAGGACAGCCCUGGGGCAUGCUGGGCCUCUAGUGAAGGCGGAGCUUUCCGACGCUGUCUGUGGCAUAGACAGGAAACAGAGACACAGGAAGUCCCUACUCUCUAACCCCGCCCCCUGCCUCUCUGACUUCUUGUCAGGCUCUGGACAAUGAGAGAGGGGAUGAUGGAGAGACUGGAUAACAUGGACACCCUUCAGGACACAGCAUGGUAGGGUUCUGUCGGUAGCUGUCUGGAAGCUCGAUAAACAUUACAUUGGCAUUCGCUUUUAUUUUGAUAUUUUUAUUUGUUUCUAAUGGAUACAGGGGCGGAACAGGAUCUCGAAUGAUCCCCUUUUCCCU